UCAGCCCUUCACUGAGGCCCCGCGCAGCGCUGGAGCCACCCGUGCCCGCAGGUGACCCCUGAGGAUGAGGGGCCCCGUCCUGCCCGUGCUCUGCAUGGGCCUGGCCACGGCCCUGCUGCUGCCCACGGCCUGCGCCCGCCGGAGCCAGGACCUGCACUGCGGAGCGUGCCGGGCACUGGUGGAUGAGCUGGAGUGGGAGAUUGCCCAGGUGGAUCCCAGGAAAACCAUCCAGAUGGGCUCGUUCCGGAUCAACCCCGACGGCAGCCAGUCCGUGGUGGAGGUUCCCUAUGCCCGCUCCGAGGCGCAUCUGACGGAGCUGCUGGAGCGGGUGUGCGAGAAGAUGAAGGACUACGGGGAGCAGCUGGACCCGGGCACCCAGCGCAAGAGCUACGUGCGGGUGCUCUCCCGCGACGGGACCAAGCUGGACCUCUCCGGCGUCACCAUCGAUGGGGACGUGGCUUCCAGCCUCAAGUUCGCGUGCGAGAGCAUCGCGGAGGAGUACGAGGAUGAGCUCAUCGAGUUCCUCUCCCACGAGGCCGACAACGUCAAGGACCGGCUCUGCAGCAAGCGCACGGACCUCUGUGACCACGCGCUGCACAUCCCGCACGAUGAACUGUGACCGGGAUGCACCGGAGC